AAUAGGGGUCAUCACAUGGCCAGAGAUGAUAAAGAAAACCAAGAGUUUUGGUGUUUCACUAAUUCACUGAUUCUGAAAAUGAUGAGCGGAGAAAUGUUGUUUAAACAUUUCAAAGUGUUGGUUGUUUUAGUAAUAUUGUGGUUGAAAUUGAAACCAGGUCUUGGAUUAUUCAGUAAUUCAAGUGUUGGUAAAGUAGUGAGGUGCAUAGAGAGGGAGAGACAAGCUCUUCUUCAGUUUAAAGAAGGGGUCAUUGAUGAUUAUGGCGUUCUCUCUUCUUGGGGGAACUCAACUGAUGAGAAGAAAGACUGCUGCACAUGGAGAGGAGUCCGAUGUAGCAACAUUACUGGUUACGUGAUCGUGCUCGAUCUUCAUGCCUACUCGCCAUCCCAGAAUUCCUUGGUUGUGGCUUAUCAUUCUUUGAGAGGUAAGAUUAGUCGUUCUUUGCUUGAAUUGCAGCAUUUGAAGUAUUUGGACCUCAGUUACAAUGAUUUUACAGAGAACCCCAUCCCAGAAUUCAUUGGUUCCUUCAGCAGAUUACAAUACCUCGAUCUUUCCGAUAAUUAUUUUGUCGGUACGAUUCCUAAUCAGUUUGGGAAUCUUUCCGAAUUGCGUUCUCUUGAUUUGGGCAAUAAUUUUGGAGUGAGUGUAAAAAGUUUAGAGUGGGUUUCUCACCUUUCUUUUUUAAGAUACCUUGAUCUGACCCAGGUUAAUCUUAGCAAUGCAAUAGAUUGGAUGGAAGCAACCAAUAAGCUCCCUCUCCUAACGGAAUUGCACUUGAGUGUUUGUCAUCUCAUUUCACCCCAACUUCCUUUGAUAAAUUCUUCUUCAUUGUCUCUUGCUGUCCUUGAUCUAUCCGCCAAUUCUUUCAAUUCUUCAAUAUACAGCUGGUUGUUCAAUUUCAAUACUACUCUCGUUCAUGUAGACCUUUCUGAUAACAAUUUACAAGGUCUGAUCCCUGAUUCUUUCGGAAACUUGAAUUCCCUUGCCUAUCUUGAUCUCACCCUCAAUCAACUUGAAGGUGGGAUUCCAAAAUCCAUUGGGAACUGUACUAGUUUACAAAUAUUGAAUUUGGCUUGGAAUCAACUUGGUGGUUCACUGCCUCACAGUAUCACAAGACUUUCAUCUUUGCAGGAAUUGGUUCUGUAUGGUAAUCAAUUGAAUGGGUCUUUACCAGAUUUAAAAGGAUUGUCUUCAUUGAGAGAGUUGGAUCUUUCUUCCAAUAGCUUGACUGGACCAUUACCCAAAAGUACCGGGCAACUUUUCAUGCUUGAAAAAUUGGACGUCUCUUCAAAUUCUUUACAAGGUACAAUCUCCGAAACCCACCUCUCAAAUCUCAACAACUUGAAGGAAUUGUACUUGUCUGAUAACUUCCUAUCUUUAGACUUCAGUUAUGAUUGGAAUCCUCCUUUUCAACUCGAUCUUAUAUACUUGCGGUCUUGCCAGUUGGGCCCUCGUUUCCCAAACUGGCUUCUAACUCAAAACAAUUACUAUCGUCUUGAUAUCUCUAAUUCUGGAAUUUCAGAUAUUGUCCCUAUGGAGUUUUGGAAUUUUUCUCCUAAACGGUAUUACAUAAAUCUCUCUUCCAACCACAUGAAUGGCAUGGUGCCUGAUUUGACGUCAUUAAAGACAGUUUUUUAUCCUAUAAUAGAUUUGAGCUAUAAUCGUUUUGAAUGUCCAAUUCCACUGUUUCCUCCAAACGUCACAGUUUUGAAUCUCUCUAAAAAUAUGUUUUCUGGGUCAGUUUCUUUCUUAUGCAACAUAACCAAUGGGCGUCUCUACUUUCUUGAUCUCUCAAAUAAUCGAUUAUCUGGGGAGCUUCCUGAUUGCUGGUUGCAUAUGGAUAAUUUACUCAUCCUUAAUUUGGCUAACAAUAAUUUCUCUGGAAAAAUUCCUAGCUCUAUGGGUUUCCUCUCUCAAAUCCAAACAUUGCACUUACGCAAUAACAAUUUCACUGGAGAAUUGCCUUCGUCAUUGAAGAACUGUAGUCAUUUGGAGAUCAUUGAUAUGGGAGAAAAUAAAUUAUCAGGAAAAAUACCAGCAUGGAUAGGGACAAACUUGACAAGUUUAAUUAUUCUUAGUCUACGAUUGAAUAAGUUGCAUGGACAUAUACCUCCAGAAAUAUGUCAUCUCAACUCUAUUCAAAUCUUGGACCUCUCCCAAAACAAUAUAUCUGGGAUUAUACCGCCGUGCUUCAAUAAAUUUUUUGCUUUGGUUUGGCGGAAUAAAUCUAGUGGAAACAUUGCUCAUGACUACAAUGCUUAUACAGGUAGUUAUGAUGGUUUUGGUAAUGUGUAUGUAGAUAAUGCAUUGGUGCUAUGGAAAGGGAAAGAGAGUGAGUACAAAAAUAUUUUAGCACUAAUGGGAGGCAUUGAUCUUUCUGGCAAUAGAUUAGUUGGAAAAAUUCCUGAAGAAAUCUCGAGUCUUGCAGAAUUGAAUUAUUUGAACUUAUCGAAAAAUGAAUUGAAUGGACAUGUCAUUCAAAAUAUUGGUAAGUUGAAAAUGCUAGAAUCUCUUGACUUGUCUAGAAAUAGGCUUUCUGGUGAGAUUCCUACAGGCAUCACUCGUUUAAAUUUUCUUGCUGUCUUGGAUUUGUCAAAUAAUAACUUGUCCGGAAAAAUUCCAUCAAGCACUCAAUUACAGAGCUUUGAUGCCUCUGCAUAUUUUGGAAAUGAUGAACUUUGCGGGCUUCCACUUCCAAAUAAGUGCCCAGGAGAUGAAACAGCUCUGGAACCUUCUGUCGAUAAAGAUGAUAUCAUUCAAGGAAAUGAGGAUGGGUUCAUAAACCGAGAAUUUUAUGUCAGCAUGGGGCUAGGUUUUGGGGUUGGAUUUGGUGGAGUCUUUGGCACUUUACUGCUCAAUCGUUCAUGGGAACAUGUCUUUUUCAAGUUCUUGAACAACAUAAAAGACCAAAUCUAUGUGACAACAGUAGUGAAAAUGGCCAAAUUAAGGAGGCGGCCUCAAAUCUAAUAGCGGCGAAUAUGGCCAGAUCGAGUGUGGAGGCAACUUCAUAGCUAACAGUUCUUGCAGGACGACUUCGAGUUUUGCAUACCAUCUAGUGUUGCAGCUGUCUCCUAGGCCUCUCUAUUUCUUGAAGAAUAUAUUGUAUAACUAUUCUCUGCAUUACUUGUACUAGAUUUAGUUAGUGUUGAUUGAAGCACAACCAUAUGGUGUUGGACCAUUUGUAUGAGGAAUGGUUGUGGCAUGAAGGGCAAUCCAAAAUAAAUAUAUUGCAAAUGUUUGUUGUCUAAUAUUUGCUUUCAAAUGUACCAUUUGAAAACUCUCAUGGGUGCG